AUGACAGAAUCAUUUGAUGAAGAUAAUCCUAGUCCAAUAUUAGAAGAAAGUUUCCAUCUAGUAUCGAAAAAGAACACAGUUUACAAGGUUAAAUUGUCAGAGAAAGGUCUUUGCCUUCAGAAGAGGUACAAUGGCAUAACUAAAACACAGACUGUUCUUUUAGAGGACAUAAUAGGAUGUAGGUGCAUGAGGAAAGGUCUCUAUGCACAGAAAUGUAAGUGGAGGCCUAGGAUUAACAAGAAGCCCCUUAACAACCCCCUGCAGGUUGAGGAAAAUAGCUCUGUUUUGUGGGACGAUUCCGAUAUCAGUGUCUGGUUUCAUAUUUAUGCCUACGUAAUGAAGAAGGGAAAGGUCUUCACCCAAAAGAAGAGAGAAAGAAUGGUAAUAACUCUUAGGUUUCAGUCCUAUGAGAGGUAUGAUGAGAACCUGAAUAAGGCGCAGAAAUGGAAAGUAACUUUAAAAUAUCUCAUGAACUCCUUACAUAAAGGCUCUAUACCAGCAUGCUACUUCUUGUCAUCAGACAUAAAGAUAGGUAAUAAAUUAUUAGUGAUACUGAAUCCUAAAAGUGGAAUUGGGAAAGCGAGAGACAUAUUCCAAAGCAAAGUAGUUCCUCUCCUGGAUGAAGCAGAAAUCAGCUACCACCUCCAUUGUACCACUCAUGCUCACGAUGCCCAGAGCCUUGUUCGAAAAGAGAAUUUAUGGCGGUACAUGAGAGGAAUCGUGGUUGCUGGCGGAGACGGUAUACUAUUUGAAGUGAUCAACGGUAUCAUGGAGAGGCCUGACUGGUCAGCAAUCUGUUCCCAAAUCAAACUUGGCAUAAUACCUUGCGGUUCUGGAAAUGGUCUAGCUAAAUCAAUCGCUCAUGCUAAUGAUGAGCCUUAUGACAAAAAUCCGGUCCUUGUGUCAGCCUUGAAUGUUGCCCAUGGAAACAGUACCCAACUUGAUUUGGUUCGUGUUGAAACAAAACAUCAGGUAUUAUUUUCAUUCCUGUCGAUUGGAUGGGGACUUAUAUCUGAUGUUGACAUUGAAAGUGAGAGACUGAGGGGGAUCGGUAGUCAGCGAUUCACUAUCUGGAGCGUGGCAAAGCUUAUUGGUCUUAGAUCUUAUAAAGGAAGAAUAUCAUAUCUUCCUGUAGCUGCACAUCAAUUGAUAGCACAGGAUGAUUUUGAUGCUAGAAGCGUUGUUUCAGAAGAUGAAAGGAGAGAUAGCUUUUACUCGGUUGUUUCUAAAAAGAGCACCUUCCUCUCUGUCGCUAGCUCAAGCUACGAAAGCCUCGCAGAGGAUGCGGUCAAGCUGUAUGGUCCGACCUCUGACCUUCCUCCCCUGAGUCAAAGCGUACCUCCGUCUUGGACUUCAAUUGAAGGUGAAUUCGUUCUUGUCCACGCUUCUUACCCAACGCACUUGAUGACUGAUUGUUUGUUUGCUCCGUUAGCUAAGUUGGACGAUGGGUGCAUUUGGCUGUGCAUAAUCAGGGCAGGGAUUUCUAGACCUCAUCUCAUGCAGUUUCUGGUUGGCCUCUCAAACGGCUCUCAUGUGAAAGUACCUGAGGCAGAAAUGAUCCCAGUAACUGCAUUGAGAAUCGAACCUGAAUCUGGCCAACUGACAGUGGAUGGCGAGGCCAUCAACCUUGGGCCUUUGCAAGCUGAGAUACUGCCGUCAGCGAUCAAGAUUUUUGCUAGAGGUUGA